AUACAUACAUACAAAUAUGUACAUAAGACUCUCUCUCUCCCGAUUAUGCUGAUAAGACAAAAUAUAUGUAUAAAGCCGCUCCGCUGCUGGCGUAACCGGCAGCGCAGCUAUGCGGUCUUAGUCACAAGAAUAUAUUGAAUAAAACAUUGAAAAAGCUAAAGUCAAACGGCACAGACGUGUCGGUGUGUUUAACUAAUUGGAAUCUAUAAUAUUAACCAUUACAAGAGACCAGUCUGUGGUAUGAGAAAAUGUUUUCCAGUUCGUGUUAUGAUUAUGAUAAGUGAUCAUACGUUCCAAUCCCUCAGUGUCUCUUUAACGCUUCCUCUCCCGCUCUUUCUGUAUAUUUAAGGAAUGUAUUCGCCAAGUGUUUCUUCAGUUUUCGUCAAAUCGGUAACAGCUUAACACGCUAAGCGAUAGUGCUGCGAAAUAAGUACAAAAUAUAUAUGUAUACCGUGCUCUGAUGUGUCAUGCAGUGUUAAGAAUUUAUUGCAAUUAAGUGCAUGCAAUAAAAUAUUAAACAAAUAAUUCAAAGUAAAUCCGACUAGUUACGCGCAACUGACACUUAGGCACAAUAUGCGCAUUUCAAAUAUUUUGCAACUAAAUACCUAUUGUAUUUUUGAAAUACUCAAUCAGAUUAGAAUCAAUUGUGAAACAUCUAAAAGAACGGAUAGAUUGGAUAUAUUUACAUACGCAGAUCUCGUAAGUUUUGCGCUUGCCUGUGAAUGGUUUCGCGAUGUUGUUUGGAUAUGGAACCCCUGUCUUUACGAACGCCUCGAGAUCGAGCAAACUUAUUUAAAUAGAUCUUCAAAUGUCAUCGUGGAUUUUGCCAAACAUUAUAAGCGAUUGCAGCAUACAAAGCAGAAAGAUAAAGAUACAUUUUGGAAAACGUUCAUGGAUGCACUUAGAUUCAAUAGCAACUUAAAAGGUGUCCAAUUGAUUUAUAAUAUUGGAGAUAUGUAUUACAGUGAGCAUGGUACUAUAUUUGACAUGCUCAUACGUGCACUGCAAGACAAUUGCAGUAGCAUUAAGUCAUUGGUAAUUGAUAUGUUAGGGUAUUCCAUAAGUAGUUUGCAACAGUUCCCCAACCUUGAGCACCUUCAAUUAAAUGUAAGAGUCGAUGCUAUGGAGUUGGUUGAGUACUGCGAAUCGAAUCCAAACUUGACAAGAUUGGAGGUAAUGAGUAAUGAUAUUUAUGGAAAGCUAACUGACAUUGUGCCGUAUUGCAAUCAAUUGGAGACACUCGCAUUUAAAGUGAAGAGUGACUUUGACGACUCUGAAUAUACACCGCUAGCUAAAUUGCCAAAAUUAUGUGAUCUGCGAAUAGAAGGAUAUCACGAAAUUGGUUCCUUGAAUACACUUUUUAAUGCAUUAGCUAAAAAUGAACAAACAACUCUUACAAAGCUUAUGAUUGAUAAAGCCGACAUCGAUUGUGAUGAGAUUGCCGAAGUCUCAAGAAUACAAACACUACAAAAAUGCAGGUUCAACGGAAUUAACGGCCUUGUUAUAAAAAUUGACUCAAUAAGGUUCGAUCAAAGGUUGACAAAACUAACUUUAUACUUUAAAAAGGAACUUGACGCCGCCAAUUUGGCUGAUUUGGCUUGUUUAAUAAAUAUAACAAACUUACUCAUUGUUGGAAAGCACAAGAUCGGUACAUUAACAAAACUCUUUACGAGGAUAGCUGAGCGAAAAUCGCCGAAGCUUGAACAGUUGAGAACUACGUCAGAUAUGGAUUUUGAUGAAGAUGAUGAAGAUAUUGAGUUCAAUUUUUCGAGUGAGCCAAUUACUAGACUGAAUAAUGAAGAGAUCAUCGAGCUCUUAAAAAUAAAAUCUCUGAAAGUUUUAGAUUGUCAAAUCGAUGAUCACCGGAUUAUUGAAUUUCCAACACGAUUGGGUAAAGUUGAAAGAAUAUCCAUAAAAAAAUGCGGAGGCGGAUCCUUGGCAAAUCUUUUCCAAGCAUUUGCAUUACAAGAAUGCGCGAAACUUACAACAUUAUCCAUUUCGGGUUUCCCACUCGAUCACGAUGAGAUUUUGGAAAUUGGAAGAAUCCAAUCCAUAACUAGUUUGAAAUGCGGACUUACCGAUUUGAAAAGCAUUAGUUAUCUGACACAACUGAAUAAUCUCGAAUUAAGCUCACAGCAUAAGCUCUACAAAGUUUCGGAAGCAGUUUUGAAUCUUUUAAUAGCAUGUAAUGUGAAUUUUAGUAUAUAUUAUGAAGACAAUUGCAUAAGUAUGGAUAAAAAUAGGCGAGCACUAACCAUAACAAUGCGUGAAAGUACAUGUUCUGCAGAUUUUGAACCUCUAUCAAAUUUGCCCAAAUUACGAAUUCUAAUAAUAAAUGGAAAAUAUAUGCUAAACUCACUAGCCCCACUGAUAAAAGCAUUUGCCACAAAACGAUCUACGGUUCUUGAGAAAUUGUGCAUUGGAAUCGAUCCCAUUGGUUAUAACAAACGAAGGUCUUUAGAAUGCGAAUUCUCCGAUCUUGAAACCAUUAAACUCUUGCGACAUUUAGCCAAUCUUAAAGAAUUGAGAAUACAUUCGGAGCACGAUCUGCGUGAUAUAUCAAAAGGUGUUCUAAAUGUUUUUAUGGGAGGGGCAAAUGAAAUAUCUGUUUUUUGUUUGGGUCGAGAGAUUACGUUUAAUAAAAGUCUCCGUAAGCUUACAAUUUCAAACAUUUCUUACUUUAAUGAUGCCUUCGACGCCCAAGAGUAUGUUGCGCUAGCUGAACUGCCAAAUCUUGGCACGUUGCAUAUAAAAGGGGAGCACAAAAUAGGCUCAUUCAAAGAUUUCUUCCAAGCACUUGCUGCAAGAGAAUGCUCAGCUCUUCAGGAGAUAAACGUAGAUAGACGGAAUAAUGCGUUAGGACAUCCCCGAAUAGAAACAAUUAAUUAUGAAGAUUCAAAAGAAUUAGUCAAAAUAUUGACCCUAAAGAAACUAAAAUGCGGCUUUUCAGACGGGAAGAGCCUUGAGCUCUUGUCGCUGCUAACAGACCUUGAGGAACUUGAAAUAACAUCUUAUGCAGAAGGUUCUCUCAUACAGUUCCUGCACUCAUUAGUUUUGCGAGAAUCGUCGAAACUUCAAUGCUUAGUCAUAAAAGGCAAAUCUCUUACUUGUGAAGAAACUGCCCAUGUGGCAAGAGUUAAGUCCCUAAGGAGAUUAGAAUGUGGAUUUGUCGAUGGAAAAAAUAUUGAAUUACUGACCCAACUGAAUCAAUUGGAAAAACUUAUAAUAAGGAAUCUUGAACGAGACUCAAUGUCGCGCCUCUUUCAUAUGUUGGCUGCUGCAGAACCCAAAACUCUUCAACUCUUGAAUGUAAAAAGUACACCCAUAUCAUAUAUUGACACCGAGGCUAUUGUGCAAAUUCAAAGCCUACGAAGCUUGCAUUGUGAAUUCGCUGAGAUAAAAAGCAUAGAACUUUUAGUUAAAUUACCACAGCUUAAAGACCUUAACAUUAAAUUUGAUGAGUCUGAAGCUGCAGAAAUCAAACGUCUCGCGGAGUUAAAUAUGUUAACUGAUCUUCAAAUAACAUCACCAAACGUUGGAUCACUUACUGAACUCUUCAAAGGGAUAUCGCUAAAGCCAACCAGGCCGAUCUUACAAAACCUAGUUAUUAAAGAUAAUAACGUAGACAUUAAAGAGCUUCAAGAAAUAAUAAAGGCGAAAUCCCUACGACGACUAAAAUGUGGGUUUAUCGAUGAAGAAUGCUUUCAAGAAUUGCGACAUUUCGAAAAUUUAGAAGUGCUUGAAAUAACAUCAUAUCAUAAGUUUGAUAAAAUUUCGCAAAGCCUUUUGCGGAUUUUCCAAGUUUGCUGCAAACUGAAAGCCAUAGAUUUUCAUUAUUGCACUCAAUUCGUUAGUCUGCAGUUCUUUAGAGAAGCCUUAAAGAUUCUCAAAGAAAUAAGAAACCCAACUGAACAGGGUCCACUACAGUUGCGCAUUCCAUUCUUUGAAUGCCUAACGCUUGAGCAAAUUGACAUAGCUGACGAAGCGUUUUUGAUUAUAUCUAGAUUUAUAUAUGAUUCAUAAUGUGCUUACUUUUAAGAUUGAGCUAAAAGUUAGUUUCGCACAUUAUUUGUUGUAAAUAGAUUAGAUUUACUCGAUCUUAUUUUAAUUACGUUAAAAUGUUCAAAAGGAGAUCAAAUAAUAUAUGCUGUUUGCUUCUGAGCUUGUGUUGACACAGAAUCUAAUUACUUAAUAAGCCAAUUUUUUACUAUUCAUUAAGUUUGUUGGAGCAUCAAUGGAAACGUCGCCAUUCCUCACAAAGGUCAUUCUCAAUCGCAAUCUCUUGGAUUUAAUUAAACUAAUUCAACAGAGAAACAAUUGAAGUUGCCAACAGAAAGUCAAAAUUGUAGUCGAUGGAAAGUAGGAGGCGGUCGCACCUUUGGAUGCCAAUAAAUUUGUUGCUAAUUACGUAACGAAUUACGUAAUUGAUGCUGGCCUUUAAGCUGCCGUAUGCUCAAAAUUUUUCCGUCAGUUGAAAAUCCUUUUUUAUACAGAUCAAAGGAUAUGCAGACAUAGCUUUUAUACCCUUUUACUAACAUCUAACGAGCAUGUAAAUCACGCACCAGCACACUCGCAAACAGGCUUUACCCAGAUACACAUACGUCAAGAACUGAAAAUAUAUAUACACAAGUCGAGGCAUAAAUCACAAUUUCUUAGCCAUUAAGACGAAACCGCAAAGAUUUGCGGCACUUCUAAAGUUGAUGAUGAAGCGAAAGCGUCGGGCUUUGGCUCCUAAGCGUCAUGGGCCUGGAAUUCAAAUGGUUGGGGGCAUGAGUUCGGAGCGUUUGACAGGGACGGCAAAGAAUGCAAACCUCAAACACUGCCACAAACUAAAAGUUUCACUUGAAAUGUUGUUAAUCGUAAAUGAUAUUGUGGUGUGCUA